AUGAGACAAAUUUCGGGGUUCGCCACAUUUAGUUCAAAGGGCGCCCGGAGUCUACCUUUGUUUGCAUUCCAGACUGAACUACGUGAGUACCCACAAACUCGCAGGCCAAAGAGGCAGAUCCGGAAGGUUGCAACGUCGGUUGUGAGCAUAGAACUUUUCAAUUCUCAUUCUUUCUACGACCGGCUGACUCGCAUGAAAAUACCGGCCAAGACUGUUGUCUGCACCUGCCUCGGGUUAGAGCAGACUCGCGUGCAGGGGAUAGGAAAGAUGAGAUAA